AAUAAGACACUCACAAAUACAAAUUCAACUUUUUCACUAAAUAUCUUCAGCAUAAAAAGAAAAAGAAAAAGAAUUAGUUUUUGCUGACAUUUUUCUAGAGCUUCACGACGACCCAGCCAUGACCGGAACUCUGAACUGCGUGGUGGUUGCGGUGGACGGUAGCGAUGAGAGCAUGAACGCCUUGAAGUGGGCCAUUGAUAACGUCACUCUCCGAUCAGCGGAAGACGGCGGAUCAUUUGUUGUUCUCCAUGUUCAGUCACCGCCGUCUAUUGCUGUCGGGAUUAAUCCUGGUUCUAUUCCUUUUGGUGGUCCCAGUUUGGAGGUGCCGGCUUUUGCGGCGGCGGUAGCAGCGCAUCAGAAGCGUAUUACUGACGCUAUUAUUAAGCAUGCUCUGGAAAUUACUACCCAAAAUAAUGUUGAUGUCAAAACCCAUAUAGUUGUUGGAGAUCCAAAGGAUAAGAUAUGCGAAGUUGUUGAUGAAAUGCAUGCUGAUUUGCUGGUGAUGGGAAACCGUGCUUUUGGACCCAUCAAGAGAAUGUUUUUGGGAAGUGUGAGCAAGUAUUGCAGCAACCACGCAUCUUGCCCUGUUGUGAUAGUGAAGGACCCAGCUGAAGAACAUUUACCAGCUGAUGCCGGUGCCCAGAUAUUUACCACAUGGACGGAAAAUUGGAUGAAAUUCGUUAAAAAAUGGUGAAUACAAACGUUUCCUAAAAUUAAGCAUUUGGUGAUCAAUGACACAUUUGCAACUUCUUACUGGUUUGCUUUCCUUCUACCCUUGUUGGAUAUGCUGGAAAUGCUGCUUAUCUAUGGCUGUUCUUGGGGAUGUUUGCUGUUGUGAGGUUUCUCUUUUAUUCUAUUCUGCCUGUCAUUAGUUCUGAUCAUAAUGAUUAAAUUGAUUGUUCGUGACAGGCCUUUAUAAGCUCCCUGUCACUGGGUUAAAAGUUCCAUGCUACGGAGUAUUCCGUACCAUGUUGUGUUCGAUGAUGUUUGUAUCGUAAAAUUUGACGAAGUUUGUAAUGUUGUAACUUUGUAUAGUAUGAUCAGAGUUGUCUUGUGGGAAAUAAGAUAGAGGCCGCAAUGCCCCAUUCCGAUUA